CAGAGUUUUCAGAGGAGCGGGUGUUAGAGACACUGGAAGCAGGCAUUAAAGCCCAGUACAGAUCAGCAAGCCGAACAGACAUCAGAAUCAGCGAAAUCACAGCCUCAGGUAUGUACACUUGGGGAGGAGUGGGUGGGACACAAAAAAGGAGCAGAUAGAUAACUGUUAGCUAUGACUGGCUUCAGAUUUUUCGUUUAUAACAAUGAACACAGAUCAAGGCUGGUAAUGCAGAUCUUUAUGAAACCAAGUACUGUACAAUGCCAUUUUCUUCUACUUCAUAAACAGAUGUCUGUGUUGUAAUCCUUAAAGUCGUAGGGUGACUGACAUUUGCAGGGUUCCCACGCAAGUAUGGAAAAGUAUGGAAAAGUAAUUUGAUCAAUUUCCAGGUCUUUAAAAGUAUGCUAAAUGAAAAAUAAAGAAUGGAAAAAUAUUUAUGUUAACAGACUAUAUUACCACAGUAAUAAAAUACUGUUUUCUAAAAUAGAAAAGUAGCUAGUUUUGUUACAAUUUUACUGCCUACCAAUGACUAAAAAGCUGAUUGAUAGCGGAAACUAAGGAAAAACGUUCAGAAAAAACAACACAGUAUUGCAUCAGCUGGUAAUGAAUUAACUUUGCAUAUGCUAGGAAUAUAAACCUUUACUGUUGUAUUAUGAGACUACCAAGAGUUUAUUGGUACCAAUCGCUUUCUUGCUAACAUAUUAGUAAGUUGCUAAAUACUAUAUGUUAUUUCUAAUUGGGUUAUUGAAAUUGUUGCCGUUCCUUCAGAUUGACACAGUUUUUAGUCUUUCAGCUGCUACUUAAGAGAAAAGUGGUGAUAUGAAAAUGCUUUGUCAGAUAACUUGACUUGGAGCAACCUGAAGCACAGCAGUAUGAUAUUAUAAAAGGAUUUGAUCUUCUUACAAUAGGGCUGACAUUGAGGAAAUGGCGGCCAUGUGAAUAUGGUCAAUUGUCAUCUCCUAUCAGCCAUGGUAUUCUGUAUGCUUUCUAUUUGUAUCAUAGAAACUUGCUCUGAGUUGUGCUGAUAAGAUGAUAACGGAUAAGCCAGGCCUCUCUGCUUCUGCUGCAUCUGAGAUUGCACAUUUUAUGUUGUUUGGAUCCUCUAAUGAUAUUAGCUGGGCUCUGGCCGGUCUUGAGACAGCCAUUUCUCUUCUUUUCUGUCUUCUCAGCAUUCACAUUGCAUUUGUCCACAUUCUGGCCACCAGCCAGGCGCUGGCCCCUGUGACUCAGUGGUUUUGGUGCUCUUAAAAAUGAUUUCUGUGGGUAUGAUUUGAUGUUACUGUCCCAGAUAGUUAGACAGAGAUGUAUGGCUUGCUGCUGUAGGGCAAGGUGAGAUGGAGCAGAAAGAGCUACACACCAUCACCAGUCCCCUUAACCGCGGGGAAAUGGGACAGAAAAUGUGCAACCCAAAUAUUUUGAGCUCAUGUAUCAAAUUCUAUCAGUAUCCCAGUGUUAGUGACCUAUUCUUCCUCUUCUUUCUGUUCACCUAUCUCUCUCUCUCUCUCUCUCUCUCUCUCUCUUUCUCUAUCUCUCUAUUUCUGUCUCCAGACACAGAUCCUCGUAUGGCCAGGAACCCCAGAGCCAGUGAGUACAGCAUGUCGCAUUUCAAUCACUUGCAGUUGUAAUUUUCCAGCUGGCUAGAUGCACACACUCCUGCCAGUCUGUAACAAAUGGCUGGUCCGGCCUGUCCUGUACAUGUGCUGCUCUAGUCAGAGAUUGAGAACCCUGUAUCAGGCCUGAGCCAGUCAGUCACCGUGCCAGACACUUUGACACUGUCUAGUGAUUAAUAACACUGGGAUGAUAAAACUACAUUACAUUACCGUAGCAGCUAAGCUAUUCUUCUGUUAAUUUGUCUCUUCAUACAUGUCUAACAUAAAAGGAUGGAAGAACUUGGGCUUAAAUGUGUUGUUGAUCAUGACAAAUUUGAUAGUUUUUUUUUAAGGAAAACCAGAAAAGAUAGAUUUCUUGUAAAGAUCUUCCAACUGGAUUUGAAAGGCAGCUAGAAACUACUGUUGUCAUCUCACCUUCCCAUAUUCACCGCUUGACAUAAAUGAUGUUAUUCUCAGAGGAGUGUUUCUUCCGCCUGGAGGCCACAGAACAGCCGAAGAAAUUUUCAUCACCAGGGUACCCUGUGGCCUACCCACCCAAAUCUCGGUGUCAGUGGCAGAUCCGAGCUGCAGAGAACCAUGCCAUAUUUGUCACUUUCCCUUUCUUCAACAUCGAGGAUGACUGCUCUGAUGACUUCGUCUUCAUCUAUGACUCCUUGAGCCCAGAUGAUUCGCAGGCCAUCACAGAGUAAGUCGCAGAAGAUGUGGAUUUCCUGAGGGGUUGGGAAACGUGUUUUUCUACGGCACACACUGAAAAUGGGGCUAUCUCAAACUAAAACCCUUUAUUUAAAAAAACAACCAUCUAUGUGCCAAAUCAUAAGCUCCAGGAGAAGCACCAGUGAAUUAACUCAUUUUUGGCCCCGUAGUAUAGUUUAUUGUAGCAUAGAUCACAUUUAUAUUUUGCCUGAACCUUUAUGGCGAGUUUUUGUGGUUGGAUUACCUAAGCUUUGGACAUUUAUUUAGCCUUGAUGAGCAGAUAGGGAGGAAUGUAGUUCUGUAUGAUUCUCAGAGAGAUAGAGAGAGAGAAACAAAGUAUAACUUCCUAUUAAACCAAAAUGUUGGAAAGGGAUUUAGGAGUGAAAACAGUUUGGAUGUGGGUGGAAAACAUAUUUCACUUGAUUCCUUUCACUGGAUUUGUGAUAAUGUUUUUUUCCUUCCUUUUUUGGCCCUGAAGCCUUUAGUGCUGCAUGUCCCAUUUUAUUGUUAACUUUUGAGACCUCAGUGAGAUUGAGUUGGCUCAAAAAGACCUCUCCUUUCAAAUCUGUGAUGGGUGCCAAGCUGAAUCCUGCUACACCACUGUGUGUGUAAUUGCACUGAGUCUAUGGGGGAGUGCUACGAUUCUGAUACUACAGGCUCUUGAUGCUACAAUCAGAUGUAGCUGCAGGCAAUUUCAAACUCAGAAACCAUUGCCAAACAAAUAUGCGUUACCAAGUGAUGCAUAAAAUUUUUAUAAAGCUAUUGAGCGAUCCGCUUUAUCCAAGGUGACAUGGGGUUUAUGAGAGCUAUAAUAUAAUACUCUAUAAUGACAUUAUUCUACUGGAGGUAGAUGUAUUGCUGCUCUUGCAGCGUCAUUCACACCUUCAUUGCUCUGCCGCCAGCGGUGCUGAAACUUUCUGCUAAUGUACCUAAUCUUUGACUUUCAAACUCCGCCUCAGCAAUUUCUGUCCAGCCCUGGUACAUCUCUACUUUUUUAUCUUUUUCUGUCUCUCACUUCUUAUCAAAUGAUUUCUUUCCAAAUUAUUCUUCUCGUAAACUUUUUAAACUUGUGUGCUAAAUGUUUUGGUGCUCCUGACUCAAAAGAAAAAUAGCUUCACAUGAGUGUUGCACAUCUGAACAAAAACAAAUCUCUACACUGUAAAACCAUCAGAUGAUAAUCUUACUGCUUUUAUUUGCUGGUUCCAUAAAACUAUUUGAUUCUGUCUUUUUUUUUUUUUUUGAUCCUGCUCAGAAAGUGUGGUCAAAGGCCACCCUCCAACCCUCUGGAGGUGUCUUCAUCAGGAAAUAUCAUGCUCAUUAACCUGAUUACUGACGGUGCUCAGCAAAAGCCUGGAUUCACAGCAGAGUAUUCAGCCAUCCCUAAAUCUAAAGGUAGUAAUAACUUUACUUCUAACUAGAACAGCUUGUUUAGGUUUGUUUAAUUGUGUUUAUGUUUUACCCAUUAAGAAUUAAAACGGGUUCAUUUAUGAUGGUUUCAGUUAAAAGCUGUGGUGGCAAACUCGCUAAGAGCCAUGGAGUCUUCACCUCCCCUCUACACCCCAGUUUCUAUCCUCCUGCUGUGGAUUGCAAGUGGACCAUCGAGGUUUGUAACUCACUCCCCUCCCAGCCCCCCUCCCCUACCUGAAACCCCUUUAUCCACCUCCCCCUCCUCUUCCUCCAUCCUUAGCCUGCCAUGAGAGGAAUGCUGAGGCAGCACUGUAGAAGCCAAGCUGUUCAGUACCUCCUCUAUCUUCAUCUGUCAGAGCGCUGUUGCUGCCGCAGCUCUGGCUGAGCUGCAGUGUUUGUGCUGGUGUUUUAUGCUGGUGUGUGUGUGUGAGUUUGUGGGCAUGUGUUCGCCCAUGGUCUAUUUGGGUGUGUCGCAGCUUGUCUGCUUGCAUUUGCACCAACUACAGACACAUGUCUUAGUGUGUAGGAGGAGGAGUGACAUGCAUGGUAAAUACGGUUAUUAUGAACCAAUCAGGUCUUCGUCUGUGCUACAGGUCCCCUCUGGGAAGAAGGUACGGAUAAAGUUCACCAUGUUCCGCAUGAAAGAGCCUGGGGUGGACAUCCGUGUGUGUCACAAAGACUUUGUGGAGGUUAUGGGCACCAAGUAAGACUUAAACUCAUGAAAGCUACACCUGAAAUGAUUCUCUAUGCAGCAUGUGGUGAACAUCCAUCACAGUUUAAAGACUGGGACAGUUUUCUGAGCAAUUACUCACAUUUCACGUACUCUCACUUUCAAUAUAACUCCAUGUAAAAUUUUGAGAUAUUCAAAAUAUCCACUUUUUUGAAUAUCCCAAAUAUCUAACACUUUACAAUAACCAUAACUUAUAAAUGGUAAAUAGACCAUUUAGAAAUGGUAAGUAGAUAGUUUAUUAAUGUUUAAUCAUCAGUUAUAAAUAGCAUAUAAACCAUUAAUAAAUUGUAAAUUUUACGAUUUUAAAAACCUAACCCUAACCCUAACUUUACAAUAACCAUCUAAGUAAUGUUUGUAGGUGGUUUAAAAACCAAAUAUUAACCAUUUACAAAGUGCUACUGACACACAUUUUAAUCUAGAUGUUUUACAACCAGUUUUUAAACCUUAUAUAAACCUUUAAUAAAUAAUUAAUGAAAAUUAUUAAUCAUAAUUCCAUUGCUUGUUAAUGGUAAAGUAACUAUGAACUUACAUUAAUAAACUAUCUAUUUGCCAUUUAUAAUUGGUCUAUAUGCUGUUUUUAAAUGAUGAUUAAACAUUAUUAAACUAUCUAUUUACUAUUCAUAAAUUAUGGUUAAAGUGUUACUUCAAACAGAACCAUUGAGUUGAGAUUUGUUUUGCUUGUUGGUCUUUGGUGCUUUAAAUGUUGGUCUUGUUUCCCAGGUACUGUGGAGAAAUGUCCUCAUUGGCGCUGACUAGUACCUCCAACGUUGUGGAGGUGAAGUUCCACUCAGAUGAGUCGUACACUGACAAAGGCUUCAGUGCGGAGUACAGCGCCUAUGAUCCUGCAAAUCGUGAGUUAAAAGUCUUGUGUGGCACCCACAUUUACAUGGCAUUUGGAAAGAUUGGCACGUAAUGUUAUGUCGUGACAGUGACACUCAUAGCCUGCCAUUACAGAGCGAGACAUGGGGAGUGACUGUGUCGUCUGGGAGACUACCAGGCGGUGUCUGAUUGACAGUCAAAUAGAGCUGUUUAGUGGUAGAGGCUUAGAAACUGCAGCAGUGAAACUCAAGAGCUAGACUAAUCACCAGAGAGCUUGUUUAUUGGGUCCAUUUUAUUUGCCACUGUCAGUCAGAAGCGCUCCACUUUCAAUACCCUCUGCUCUUUAUGUUGUCUCCCAGUUUGAGCGAAAUGGAUUUAUAAUUGCUCUGAUCAACAGGGACAAGCAUUGGCAACAUGAUGGAUGCCGCAAACAUACACUGUCACUUCCUCUCGCUCAAUUUGUCAUCACGGUCUUGCUUGCCUUUUUUCUGUUAUUUUUUUUGAACAGCUUGCCCCAACCAGUUUGCCUGUGCAUCUGGCAUAUGCAUUUCCAAGGAUAUGAAGUGUGAUGGGUGGAACGACUGCGGUGAUAUGAGUGAUGAGAUGAAGUGCCGUAAGUCCCCCUUUGACCAGUCCUGUCUUUCUCUGUCUUUUUUACACCCUGAAUUUCUUACCCUCUUAACAACAUCGUCCUACCUGCCACUUUUAGGUAGUAGUUUGACACUCUGGCAAAUGCUCUUACUUGCCUUUUUGCCAAGAGGUGGAUGUUCAGAUCAAUACCACUUUCAUUACUGCCUAUAAAAUAUAAAGCUACUGCCAGCAGAGCCAGUUACCUUAGCUUUGAGACUGUCUACAAGGGAAACGGCGAGCUUGGCCUUAGAAAAGGUAACAAAAUCUAAAUAGUAAAAACAAAGACUGUGUGAUUUGUAGAGGAUAAGAUAACAGGCUGUUUCUUGGCCCAGCGUAAUGAUUUCUUGGAAUGUAAUGUUGGUGUUUGCCAGGCUCCAGGAAGUUCCUCACUGCGAACAGAGAAGUAAAAAAAACCUGCUGUCAAACGAACGAACAAAGAAAAUAAGAAAGAAUUAACAAGAUAUAAAGCCUUAAAGAUUCUCAAUGAAACACUUGCCUUUGAAAGAGAUAGGCUAGUGGUUUCACUAGCUAAGCUCACAUUUUCUCCUCCAAAUAUAAGACUGGUAUCCUCUCAUUUUAUUCCUGGGAACAAAGCAAAUUAGCUUUUAGAAUCAAAAACUAUGACAUUUUGUUUUGUAAAAAUAAUGAAAACUAGAAAAACUCAUUUAAAAAGAUGAUUCGGAGAGGAGGUUUUGUUAAUAAACUGUAUUUUUCAUGAUCUUUCCCUAACUAUCAUGUAACUUAUUUGCAAUGUUCAUACUAUGGUGAAAUUCCCGUUCCUUCAUUUUCUUGUUAAAAACUCUGUCCUUCUGUCACCUCAGAGUGCGAAGAGGACCAGUUUGCUUGUGAUAAUGGUCUGUGCAAACCCAAAAUCUGGGUGUGUGAUCGGGUCAACGACUGCGGGGAUGGCAGUGAUGAGAAACAAUGCAGUAAGUGUUUUUUGGCUUUAAGCACUCUUCGGGGACACAAACCCUAUCUAAUGCUAGGCUAAUUGUGCUAACAUUAAAGGCACAUCACCACUAAUGCACUGGUCACUGACUCCUGGGCUGUGCAGCCAUUAUUGUAUCAGUAAUGGAGUUUGUUUGGGGCCUCGCACAAUUUGCUGAGCGUUCAUCCGUACGCUUAAUCAUGUUUAAUACACAGAGGAAGAAUGGAGAGAUGCUAAUGUCCACCAUAGCUGUGCUGCUAAUGGCCCUCUGUUGCUGUUAGCCUGCCCUCUCCUUAUUCAACUUUUAAUUCUUGUUUUUCUGUAACAUUUUCCUCCUCUCGAUGUGUCACCUCCAGGUUGUGACGAGAACGAGUGGCGCUGCGGCGAUGGCAGUUGCCUGCCUCAGGAUAUCGUGUGCGACGACAAGCAAGACUGUGAGGAUGGAAGCGAUGAGGCCUCUUGUAAAUCGUGUAAGUGGCUGUGCUUGUUCUCUUUCCAACCACUUUGGUAUUUGAAGAAACCCCACUAGGGUGAUUUAAAAGCAUGUUACACCAACCAUUAAGCAAUUAACCUUCCUCCACUGCUCGGUAAAAAGUUAGCGCUUGCAAAAAUGCUGCGGUGAAGAAUUCAUUCUUCAUUGGAAGUAAUUUUCACUGUAAACAUUCUUUUAUCGUUUCCUCCUACUCACCACUUCAUUCUUUAUCAAUUUCCCCUUCGCUCUCCACUCAGUCACACAUGCACACACACUCAGGACUCUCUCGCACUCCCGUCUGAUUUUCACUUCUCUGAAUAAAGAGGGAUAUUAGACCUCGACCCCAAUCAAUACCCCCAAUCAAUGCAAUCUGCUCCUCAAUCACUAUGCAUUGUGCAUUCAAAGCUUACUUUGAAGUCUUACUGAUUGCAUAGUCUUUUCCUGCUUCAACUUGGCACUGCUCUAAAGCUUUGAUUGAAACAUACCUUAUGUGUGUUUUGAUUUUGGGACCUGUCUGUGCCCCGCCAUAGCUUCAGGUAUCUGCUCCGACUUCAGCUUCAAGUGUGAGAACAAAGAAUGUGUCAACAAGGUGAACGCCGAGUGUGACCGCGUCAAUGACUGCUCUGAUAGCUCCGACGAGAAAGGCUGUGGUAAGAAAUGUUUUUCUCUGCCUUACAAAUUUCAGCUUUUACAUUUUUUUUCCCUCCAAGCUGAAAGUGGAUCUAAUCUUUUCAGUGUCAUUCAAACAGAUUACAGAAGAGCUGGUAGAGCAGCGAGUUGGGCUGUCUGUUAGAAAAGAGCCCCAGGCCUUGACUGCUUUAUUUAUUUCAUUCUUCUUUGAAAGCAGCUCUUGUCAUCUCUGAAGUUUUAUUUUUUUCCCUCCAUUUAAGCCUCAGGGCGUGUCUGUGCGUUUUUUCUUUUUUUUUGAUCAGAUAAUAUGCCAGUGUGCCUUAUUAGGAUUCCAAAGAGCAGAAGUAGCUCUCAAAACCAAGGCCAACAUCAUGAUGGCUUCAAGUCAACUUAAUCUCAUUUCAGAUUUCUUCUCUCUGAUCAUUUCUGCCAGUCUCAGCGAGUAUUUUACACCCAUAAUCCUGCGUUCCUCCUUUCUCAUUACCCUCUCCGUUUUAUGUCAGGUUGUGGCACCAGGCCAUACAAACUGAACCGCAUUGUGGGCGGGCAGAAUGCUGAGCUGGGGGAGUGGCCGUGGCAGGUCAGCCUUCACUUCCUGACCUAUGGGCACGUUUGUGGAGCCUCCAUCAUAUCUGAGAAAUGGCUCCUCUCUGCUUCCCACUGCUUUGUCACCAGCAGCCCGUCGUGAGUCACAGCUGAAGCAUACAUUACACCCAAACACAAGAACAGAGCUGGACUAUUCUGUAAACAACAUCUACCACACUUUUGUAUAAAUUGUUAUUGUUUCCAAGAGUAUUUUAUUAUUCAUCCUGUUAUUUAACAUUUUAAUAGAUCUCAUUAUGCAACACUCUCAUGCACUUUCUUCUGGAAAAUAGUAGAACUGUGCACAACAGAGGACCAUUUAUAUACAAAUUGCAAAGUCUGAAAAUUAGCCCCUGAUGAUGCAGUUAAUUCAGAAGAACCUUGGGGGGGCUAAAUUUACAUCUCAUCCAUGAAAAGUAUGGAGCAGUUAUUGUCAGAGUGGCCUGUAGGUGGAGCACUUAUCAUGCUGUUAGCUACGCAAUGUGCAUGCACCCUCACCAGCUUUCAGUCUCUGUUUGUAUUUCCUUCACACAAAGCCAUGAUUUCAUUUGAGGGGUUUUCUACAUUUGACGUUCAAGUCUCUAAAAGGCUUUUCUUUACAGGUAAACAUAAUCAUGACUAGUUUGCAGUUUUGUAUGUUUUGGGGGAGGUUUUCAGCACUGUGAUAAAAAAUUAAAUCCAUCCCAAUAGAAUUAUAAUGUGGCAAGUACUAUGUUUGUUCUGUUAGUGUAGUGACUGCAAGGGGAUGUGUUAUUUUGUUGUGCAGCACUGAACUUCUUCAGAAACCCUAACCUUUGAGGUGCAUACACUACAGGCCUGUUUGUUUUGGACUGUGUUAGAUUUGACACAUGGUCAUGACAUUACAAUACUUCCAUCCAGGUUCAAGCCUGUACAGGAAAAUAACCUUUCCCCUCUGACCUGACUGUAGGAACCAUGUUGCAUCCAACUGGCAGACCUACAGUGGCAUGCAGGACCAGUACAAGCAGGAUGGGGUAGAGCGGCGCACACUGAAGAGGAUCAUCUCCCACCCGGAUUAUAACCAGAUGACCUUUGACUACGACAUAGCACUGCUGGAGCUCAGUCAGCCGCUGAAGUUCACCAACACUAUCCAACCCAUCUGCCUACCCUCAUCCUCCCACGUCUUCCCUGCAGGCAUGUCCUGCUGGGUCACAGGCUGGGGCGCGCUCAGAGAAGGAGGUAUGAUGCCGGAGGUUUCUUUGUGUUUUUCACUGUAACUGAUUAUUAGACCGGUUUGAAUAUUUUUGCUGUUUUUCCUCAAUUACGGGUGACCCACUCUCCAGCUGAGUUGUUUCUUUUUGCAUACCCAACUCACAUCAAAAUGAAGACAUCCCACUCCUCCCCCAUCCCUCUCACAAUUAGCUAUUCAUCUCCAUCCUUUAUCUUCUCUCCCUGCCUGCUUCAUUCUUCUUUUUCCCCUUCAUCUCUUCAUCCUGUCUUCUUUCUUUUAACGUCCCUCCCAUUUCUUUAUCUUUCCCAUCAUGACAUACUUCUCUUCAGCCUAGCCCUCCCUCCCUUUUUCCCCUCAUCUUUUUCUAAUCUGCUCUAUUCCAUUAAGCCCUCUUCCAUAUCCAUAUAUCAAGACAGACAUAGGCUCUCCUGGGAAGCCUCUUAAACCUUCAUUAGCUAACACUAAUCCAGCCCAUUAGCACCUUUUGAUGUUAGUGACGAACACAGAGGUCACAUGGCGGAGUGCUGACCCCAUUGUCUUCCUCCUGCAGGUCAAAAGGCACAGCUGCUGCAGAAGGCAUCGGUGAAGAUCAUCAACGACUCGGUGUGUAACACGGUCACUGAGGGCCAAGUCACCUCCAGGAUGCUCUGCAGCGGGUUCUUGGCUGGAGGCGUUGACGCAUGUCAGGUGAGACCAUGCUGCGUUCUCCAGACAAAGGGUGGAUGUAGAUUACUUUUCCACAACAUAUAGGUUUUCACACCCAUAUAAUUACCUGGCUCUCACAACACGCUCAAUCUAAUAACCAUUCUCUUCCAACCAUACUCACUAGGGAGACUCCGGUGGGCCCCUGGUGUGUUUUGAGGAGAGUGGGAAGUGGUUCCAGGCGGGUAUCGUGAGCUGGGGUGAGGGCUGUGCUCGUCGGAACAAGCCCGGCGUGUACUCGCGUGUCACCAAGCUGAGAGAGUGGAUCAGGAAGGAGACGGGGGUUUGAGGAUGAUAUGAGGGGUGCAGAGCGAGGACCAGAGUUGAAAAAACGAAAUGGAAAUAGAAAGUCUGAGAAUGAUUUUGGACGAGUCUCCCAAAGCGUUGUUCUUAAAGCAACAGACUCAGGAAGCUGUUGCAUGGACGCACUUUAUUUGGUUGCCAACUCCUUUGAACCCCCUUCCUACUACUCACCAACAAACACAGACACCGAGACACACACAUGCACAUUUUGUAAAAAUUUUACAUGAGAUUCAACACCGUGCAUCUCAGAUAUUGUCACGUUUCACCAGUCAACUUAACCUUCGGACUUAGAAAAAGUUAUGCAUUAUUCAGGAACUCAAGAUGUAAUUUUUAUAAAUACAAACAGAGAACAUGUGCAUUUUAUGUUUUUUUUUAAGUACAUUUUUACACUUUUUAUUGCAUAUUUCUUAACAGGUGUCAUGGGCUUCAGUCAGUGUUGCACUUGCUGUAUAUAGCUUUAAAUUUAGGGGUUUAUUUAUGAAUUAUCCUCCACUAAAAGGCCAUUUUUGUCACAUGGGCUUCAAAUUCUUCAUGCAUACUUCUAAAUAUUUUCCAAUACAGAGAAAAGUAAAGUAUUUUUAAUUAAGUGUGUUAUCUACCUAUCUGCCGGGCAGCCUCCAGUCUCAGUGUUUAUCUGUCAUCGAGGAGAGACAUUAACUCGUAGGGACAUCAGCAUCGUAGAUUUUGAAUAUUAAAAAAAAAGAGGCGUUUUAAUAUCUUACUAAAAUAAACACCUGAAGCAGCCUGGAAGUUAGAUAAAACACCAAUCAAUUUAAAAUCCCACAAGUUGCUUUGAAAAUUAGCCGGCAGUAAUGCUUAGUUCACCAGAUUUGUAGGCAGAAACUUGAGCGUGGUCCCUGAAGAUUGUUCUGAAUCUGAGCUUGGGGUGAUGCUCAAGUUGUUUUCAGUUGUUGUUGAUCUGAACCGUGGGUCUUGGAUCAGUAUUGCUAUUACAUAUUUACACAUGCAGACUGGCCCUGACUGCUGUGUGAACAGUUUGCCAAAUUGCUGCAUACCAAAGAGGGAAGAGGAGGAUGAGGAUUAGACUCAGUUGGUUCUAGUUAAGCCCAGUGUGGCUGGGGUCAUCUGUCGCACACAUCUGGGAGCCAAGUUCGACUGGAGUGAGACUCGUGACUGUCUCAGCCAACUUUAUUUGAUGCUCUUUCCUGUUCAUCCCAGAUUUAUCCUGAAAAUAGUGUAUUCUGGAUAAACAAACCAAAGAUUUGCAUAAGUGUUAUUUAUUGAGGAGAUAGAAAUAAGAUUAUUCUAAGAAUACUGCAGAGCCGGUCCUUUUAGUCUUUACUAUUAAACUAUGCAAGUGUAAAUACAUUUUUUAGACACUUGGGGAAGGACAGAAUUUUUAAUAUAUUUUUCCAAACACUGUAUGCUGGAGUUGUUGUUUGGAUUAUGGACUUUUUCAACUUUGAAACCUAUUUUGUUUGUAUAUUGAUGAUUUUAUACGAAAGAGUUGUGCAAAUAAACAAUGCUCGCCAGUGCCUAAUUGUAUCACCU